AUGACUGCCCGUCCUUUUCCAGCGAUUACAGGCGGCUGCUAUUGCACAGCAGUCCGGUAUCGUCUCUUAACUUCUCCACUCUUCUGCUACGCCUGCCACUGCACAGACUGUCAAAAGGCCACUGGUAGCGCCUUCUCCUUACAUCUCAGCAUCGAAGCCUACAACAUCGCCAUCAUCUCUGAGACAAAACCGUCGCUAGUCUCGAUAACUCCCAAGCCCUCCAAGCCGCAGGAAGUCUCGAAGCGCGCGGUCUGUCCUCAGUGCGGGACGUUAUUCUGGAGCCACGACAAUCCGUGGGGCUAUCCGAUUAGCGAUGUCCGGAUCGGGACUUUGGAUUUUCCAGGGAUCAUGGAGCCAGAUAUGCAUUCCUUUGUGGGGAGUAAGCUGGGCUGGAUUGAUUUGCCAAGGGACGCAAAGACGUCCAAGGGACAUUACGACUACAAGAUGGCGUGGCCAAAGAGUAGUUUGAAGAGAUUGGAAGUCUGUCUGGAGAGGUUCGAGGCAGCGAAGAAGAUCGUUGGAUCUCAAGAGAACACGGGAGUUUCGAGAGAGAAAGAAGACAGCCUGGUGGAUGGCGAUGGGGAAAAGACGCCGACUGCAACUGGAGACGUGGACGAUGCCGAGGACGACGAAGCUUUUGAGAGGAAAUUCAGAGAGACGGAGCGAGCGCUGCAAGAGAGGUUGGCGAAGUUGAGCCUGAAAUUGGACGAUGGUGAGAAGGAGACUCCGAGCGCGACAACGACAUAA